AGCGCAUGUAAAAUAUUAAACCACAUGUUUCCACGAUAUUUUGCACACUACACGUAGCCUACACAUACACUACGCUUGUCUUCGACAAUUAGGUGGCCGUUAGCUAAGAUUGUUAAAACAAAAUAAAACAGUAACAGAAACGUCCUCGUUCCAAGUGAGCCCUUAAUUCUCUGAACUAAGUAAAGCCAAAGGACAAGAUGUCGGACGACUGGCGUUCUCCUUCGGGUGGGGGUGGAUCCAGCUAUGGAAACCGCAGUUAUGGAGGAGGAGGAGGAGGACGUGGUGGUGGUGACAGGACUUGUUACAACUGUGGCCAACCUGGUCACAUUUCUCGCGAUUGCCCACAAGGUGACUCAAGAGGAGGACGUGGUGGUGGUGACAGGUCUUGUUACAACUGUGGCGAACCUGGUCACAUAGCUCGUGAUUGCUCUUCUGGUGGAAGAGGAGGAGGAGGAGGACGUGGUGGUAGUGAUAGGGCUUGUUACGGAUGUGGUGCGACCGAUCACAUGGCUCGUGAAUGCCCCAAUUCCAAAGGAGACUCAAGAGGAGGAGGAGGAGGACGUGGUGGUGGUGACAGGACUUGUUACAACUGUGGCCAACCUGGUCACAUUUCUCGCGAUUGCCCACAAGGAGACUCAAGAGGACGAGGAGGAGGAGGAGGACGUGGUGGUGGUGACAGGACUUGUUACAAAUGUGGCAUAACCGGUCACAUUUCUCGCGAUUGCUCUAAUGGUGGAGACUCAAGUUAUUCUGAUAAGUGCUACAAAUGCGGAGAUUCGGGCCACUUUGCCAAGGAAUGCUCUAAAUAACCCAGAUACAAGAAUGGCAGCCCCCACAGGCCGAUAGCCUACAAGACCAGGUUCCCACAAGAUCAACAAAAUAAGAAAUUACAUAAGGAACAUGAUGUUCAAGUUUCAAAUUUAUAUGUUUCACAUUUCACAUUUCACAGAAAUCACAUAAAUGACAAAAUUAGAACAUAAUAUGAAAUAUACUCAAAAUAUGACAUUAUAUAAUCAAGUCUUUGUAAAGACUUCAAAAUCAAUUGAAUUAAAUGGUAAGUUAUACAGGGCGAAAUGUGAUGAUAGGUCCUCCUAAAUAACAACUAAUAUUUGAUUGAAGUUGUUAGAAUGGUGAAGUAGGUGGGCAAAAAAGCCUUAACGUAAAUAUACAAAGUGAAACUAGCAAAAAUGGCAACGGCAAAGAAAUUAAUUUGUACCAGAGUGAAUGUCAAGUUUGUCACUUUAAAAUAUUGUGAUCAACCGAGGCAGUGAAAAAGAACAAUCGUGAUAAUGUACAAUAAUCAGUAGACUGUAGCCUAGACCCAAUAUACCAUUUCCAACAUGCAUUCAAAGUCAAACCCAUGCAUACCUGCUCCCAGAGAGCCCCAAGGCAUGCAAGCACAUUCACCUGUGCCACACCCAUGCCUCCCCUGCAGUGUCAUUUCGCAUAAAUUAGUUUACCAGGCUGGACAAGCUACAUGGCUUGUCCGACCUAGCAACAACUGAUGUUUGCAAAUGACCCCAAUAAGACAAACAAGGACCAUGGACAGUUUGGUCCCCAAAGGCCCGACAGGAACAGGCAUGCAUCAAUCAGAACAUUAUUAUCGUGUGUAGGUCGUACAGAGGUGACAAUAUUCAUCGAAUGUAGAAUAACAUAAGUACUUUAUUUACAAUGUGGGUCAUAUGAAUUCAAAAAUCAAUGUCUACGUUGACGCUUGACACAUUUCAAUGAUGGAGUAUCUGUUAUCUCCUUAUCGGCGCUUUCCAAAGUGUGGGUCCUGCUUGGAUUCUUGUUUUAAGUGCAAAUACAGUACAGUAAAGGUGAAAAUAAUCAUUUUGUCUUGUGGGAUAUGAUGGACAACGUUAUUUUUUAUGAACAUGGGAGUAAAGAACUGGUAGAUCACAAUUGUUUAGCUGGUACAUGAAGAUUCCAAGACAAUCAUAGUACAAAUAAAAUAUUUUCAGCAUGUUGUCAGUACGAAAAUAUCUAUCAGUAUGUGAGCGAAAAUCAGCAAAGUUAGUUGUACGUAUUAAUCUUUUUUAUUAAUGAAUAUGUUAUCAAAAUUUACUUUCGAACAGUUCCCCCCCAUCCUAAUAGACCAUAAUUAAGAUAGGUGAUAAUGAUGAAGCAUAUAAUACAUGAGAAGGAAAAUGACGUUUUAGUGUAUGUAUAAUACCUGUAUUUCUUGAAAAAAAAUUACACAAAUAAUCAAUAUGAACAUUCCAGGUUAAUUUACAGUACAGUACAGGCGAAGAAAUGUUGUGGAAUUUGUCUUGGCCAAACCAAGUCCAUUUAUUUGAACACACUAACAGGAAUCUAGUCAAAUUGACUCAGAAUACAUUGUUUUGACAGUUUAAAUCUACUAUUUUAAAGAUGACUUAUUGAUGAGUUAUAGGUUAAAAUUAUUGAAUAUUGGUUGUAUUUAAAAAAAACUUUAUCGGCAGUCACAAGAGCAAGUAUUUUCAAAGCAUCGUUGCAGUAAAAGAAAAUCCCUGUCAUUAUUGAUACUCUUCAAUUUUUCUCUGUUAUCCACCUAUCCUAAAUGUUUAUUUUUUGUAAAGGUGUUGUUUGGGUGGUAUGUUUUAAAGUGAUUAGUGAUUAAAAAUAAUGAACCUACACA